UCGAGACGACUAGCGGAUCGGUCGCGUUUUUCUGCGUUCUUCGUUCGUUCUUUGGUGAGAAUUCGCGUUGUUGUGCGCUCGCGUGUUGUUGUUGCUGCGUUCUUUGAACCACUUGUUGAUCCAGCAAAAUCCGCAGCCUUCUUGGAAGGAGUUGAUGGCGGUGUUGUUGUUGGUGGUGCUGCGAAAUUGAAAGAGAUUUUCAUUAAUGAAUUUUUAACGCGAAACUGUGCGAGGAGUUGAUGAGGCUAUCGUGAAGAGUGAUUAUUUCUUUUGUAAUCCGUUGGGAAGUUCUGGAAGAAGAAACGGUGUCUUGCGUGUGAAGAGUGUUGACUGAUACCGCUCGCGGGUUGACGUCGCGUAUCUGGUGUUACGGGGCUGGGAGUUCUGGAGGUGUUGCGGAGAGCCAAAGUUCAACCGAAGGCAAACAAGAAUCGGUGAAACGGGUCGGAAGAAACAACGGUGUGCAAAAACGACGAAAACAUAUACGGAAUUGCCAUUUGGUGCGAAGUCUCCCUGCAUACGUUUUCGCGCGUGGAGUUGCGAGAAGCCUCGCCAGUGAGUGGCUGCGGAACGGAUCGUGGUGAAGCCCGAAGAGAGUUGUUGUUGUUGGAGGCUGCGCGCGAUCGUGGAGACAGACCGUUACCAAUCCGUGGCGUGAAGAGAGGGUGUCUACCGGGGAAGAAGCGUUACUGGUAACCGCUGAGUGUGUACGAUUCUGAGUCGCGCAUUCAAUUUGUGCAACGGAUUUUAGGUCUAUCUCGUGCGGUGAAAUUGGCACACCAACGCGAGUCUCCCUUUGCAGCGUUCAGGGGAAAUUAUCUAAUCAUCGUGUUCAGCGAACAUAACCUAGCAAAUCACUAGGGCGACUGCUAACUAAGGGCGUUUUCAACUUACCGUGCCUAAAGAGCAACUAAAUGUUUUCGGUCACAGCCGACCAACUCGUCGUCGUACUCAAGGAAGAAAAGUGGCUUAAGCCGUAGUGCACUCUCCGUAUCCCAGCAGAGCCAGCAGUGUUGCAUUCAGAGGUUAUGAAGCGAAUCGGCUCGUCGAGUUUCACCCGCUGAUUGUAUUCUGGAAAAUUUAUUGAAUUAAUUCAUAGCCAACACAAAAAAAAACCUCCAACGUCGUCGUCAUCAUUAUUGUCAUCGUCGCGAAAAAUUCAAGUAAAUUGGAAAAGCGACAUUACCAACGUGUGCGAAUUCAUGGCCGAUUUGGACACCCCAGCAAGCGUUCCCCAAGCAGCAGUGUCAACUCCGCGCGACUUCGACACGCGGUAACCGAUCAACAACAGCAGCAUCAAGCAGAUCCGCCAGCAAUUGGAUACUUUGGACGAGAGCAAGUUUGAGAAAUCAUGCACUGAUCAUCGACCGGCAACAACUUGGUCGUGUCCCUGUUUGAAGAGCCCGAGUUCGAGAAUAAAAUGCAACGAACGUGAUCUGCAAUCAACAACAAAAAAUCACUUCCAAUCAAGAUGGCCGACGCCCUAAAGCUGGCCGACAUGCAGCGAGCCAGCGUCGAGUUCGAGCGGCAGCGCCACCUGGCCAACUGGCUGAUCGAAUCUAGUCCGCACAUGCCGAUGGUGACGCCCCAGCAGCAGCAAAAGCAGGCCCAGCAGCUGACCAAAAAGGGUGCCGCCAAAGCGUUCAAGCAGAAUCCCAUCUUCUUCCUAGCGAAAAUCGGCCAUAACAUGAACCUGACCGGAAGUGCCAACGCGGCCGCCGCUGCCGCCCCGGGUCCACCCCCCAACCUGCUGAGCACCAACUCGAUAGCGUCCACGUUCAACUCGCAGACGAACCUCCCGCUAGCGAUCGUGUCCUCGUCCGGCCGGGACGGGCACAAACCCAAGCUGAGACGGUUCAACUCGCACGACACCAGCGCCAACAUGUUCUCGGUGGCGGAAUUCGAAAACGCCCGACUCGCGCGACGAAACGAAAUCGAAAAUGCCGCCCUUCUGCGUCAACGCCAGCGCUACAAGCUCAACUCGCUAUCCUCCGGGGGCGGAGACUGCUCGACCGGGGAAAGCAAGGGCUCCAAGCUGAGCAACGAUUCCACCGGGGAGCCCCUGUUUGCGGAACACUUCCUCGAGAAGUUCUCCCUGCCGCGGGUGGUUCGCGUUUCGUACACCUCGGACAGUGGCGUCGGCAGCAGCAGCUCCGGUGACCAAACCAUGACCUCGUCCAGUUCGGCGGAAUCGACCAGCACGUCCGAACGGAAGAAGAAAAAGAAGGGCCAAGGAGGCUCGACGACGUGCAGCAGUCCCGCGAACGGGGAGCUGUUUCUGCUGUAUCGGUACAUGCGCAACUACAAAGUGUACCACGUGUUCAACUCGAAGAGUGGCAGCAACCGGAAGAAGGGCUACAAAAUACCGCAGGACUAUCCGGGCUACUUUUCGUUCCUCACCGAGAAGGGCGCAGCGGCGGCCACCGCGUACACGACGAUCGUCCAGCUGGUGCGCGAGCGCGUCUACAAGUUUCUCUCGCUCGAGAACCUGUCCGCGUACACCGAAACCCAUGACAACUACAGCCACAAAACGCACUACGUGAAGGCCACGGCCAAGGCCGGCCAGGUGUACCGGCUGCUGGCCGUGUUCCAGGACGGCGACAAGGGCGCCUCCUCCUCCUCCUCUAGUCAAAAGGACGCCGUCUCGCUGGGCGGGUCGGGUUCGGGCGCCGACAAGGAGCGCGGCAAGUACGCCCAGCUGCUCGGGGACAACCGGCAGAUCUAUUACGUCUCGCUAUCGGCCAAGGGAAAGUUCUACGAGAUCGAGCAGCACACGGCACCGGUGCUGCAGAAGAGCAGCAGCCUCGGCCAUCCGAACAGCAACAGCAAGACGCCCAAGCAGCUGAACCGGGAGUGCGUGCACCGGAUCGGGUUCAUCAUGCAGUCGGAGGUGAAGCUACCGCUGAACUUGAAGCUGAUCGCGAGCAUGGCCGCGAGUGGGAGCCAAACCGGGAGCGUUCCAGAGUACAUCACCAUCGCCAAGAUCAGCGUGGAGAACUUCACCGUGGCCUGUCCGAUCGACGAGCAGGAGUACGCGUCGUCGCUUACGUUGACCAAGCUGCACACGUCGCCGCAGCUCAAGUUCACCAAGUGUUCGCUCGGGUUCGACAGCGAGCAGCGGAUGUUCCUGAACGCCGCCAUCCAAACCGUGCUCAAGUUUUGCCAGUUCAACUGCGAUAAUUUUACGCGCGUCGUCGACAACGACGCCAACUGGGCCGAGCUGCAGCAGCUGAUGAACGCCGUCCAGCAGCAGCAGAACUCCGCCAACAGUUUGAACCACCUGGCCGCGGCCGGGUCUUCCGGUGGGACCGUUACGAAAAGUGAGAUGCUGAAGAAGCUGAGGCUCACGCGACUGUUUGGGAGUGGUGGGGAGCGCAACCAGGGUUCCUCGUCGGGGCACGAAAAGGAGGACUCGAUCAUAUUUUUGAGUAAAAAUGAUCUGGAGAGCCUCGAGUGUGGUCAGCAACAGCAGCAAAAUCAGCAGCUGCCCGAGCAUGAUCAGCAACCAAUGUCAUUGGCAUCGGGGAUGAGCGACAGAAUGAAGGUGUUUACGCCGAGCAAGAAGAAGUGGUUCAAGGGAUUGCGAUCGAGCCAGGAAGUGGACGGGGAAGGGGACGAGCAGGAGAAGCGGCAGUCCAGCAUAGACCGGUACAAGGACAUGUCGAGGCUGAUCCAGGAACGGUUCGGCGACAUUGACAUCAGCGGUAUGAGCGUUCCGAGGGCGAACUCGGACAUUGGUUACGACGACAUUGUGAGCGGGAACCCGGAAGAGAUCGGCGAUCGUGAAAGCGGCCUGCAAAAGUGUCUGUCUUUGCAGCACAUUGAAAUCAAAACGGACUCCGGAAUGGACAUUAGGAACAAGGACAAACCCGACCUCGUCAACAACAUCAGCCUGAGCGAACGUGAAGAAGUGCUGUCCGAGUCGGAAGAUACCAUCUUCUUCCCGAUCAGAAGCAGCGCCGCCCAGCAGUCCUUCAUGACCCAAAAGCUGUACAGCGAGUUCCACGUCAAAACCAAACAGCACAGCAAGUCCCAGUCCAGCAUACAACACCUACUCAACCUGGCCAGUCCGCAGAAGCUCCAAGACGGCAAAAACAAGUCACGCGACAAGAAACGCUCCGAGAUCGUGCUCUCCUUCGAAGAUCUGCAAAGUCUCAACCGAGAGGAAGACCUCGCCGGCGAAGGCAGCAACCCUCACCGCAACCGACUCAGCAUCCUGGACGACCUGCCGUACAGCAGCGUCCGCGACUCCAUAAUCAUCCAGGAGGCCGAACCCCACCCUCCCCCCUCCGAAAGCAUCUACGCCGAAAUCUGCGCCGAAACUCCACCAACCGUCGCCGCCCCUCCGCCCCGUCCCGAGAAGCGCUUCACCAGCAUCCGGAUCAACGUGCCGUCCAGUGACGCGGCCGUGAGCCACAAUCCGGCCGGAAGUCGGUGCGCUGCGGCCGUCGCCAGCCCCGUCGAGGACAACAUCUACAACACCAUCAAGUGACGAUCGCUUUUCCCCCCAUUUUUUUAAUCGCUCAAAUUACACGUGCCUUCAAACUCAUUACUCUCACCGGCAGCGCACGCUUCAAGUCGUGCAAGGAAAUAUCCCCGCUUAACAAGUUAGAGUUUAGUUUUACGACAGAAAGAAAAUUGAAAAACAUAUCGAAAGAGACAGGGAACGCAGGCAAAAGUGGACGGAAUCAACGGCGACCAAAGUAUUACCGGAACUUGUGAUAGAAACAAAA